AUGGCUGCAGAACUACCUGGUGAAAUAUGGACUCGAAUAUUCGACCUCGCGGCCGACGAAGACCUAUUAUUUCAGCCAGGAAUACCUACCUCGAUGGCCGAAUCUGCAUGGUAUAAAGAUUUCAUUGUGGAUCAAUGGAGGCUGAGAUCUCCUCAGGAAGCAAUGAAUCUGCUUCAAAGGCGAAGUUACGACACGAAACGGGCAAUCAUUUCGACCUGCAGGCAAUGGCGGAAGUGGGGAUCUGAAUUCCUCUUCCGAUGUCUUUAUUUCAGCAAGCCGGCCAAAUUCAUUUUGUUGUGCGCCAUUCUCGACGCCUCGUCGGCCACGACAACGACGGUGACAUCCUCUCAAGGAUGGUGGUCGCGCAGACUCCAUAUCUCGCGAGACUAUCAUCGUUUUACGGGCCAGACCACCAUGGAAGACGUGGAACAAUCCCUUGUAUCUAUUAUUCGCCACUGCCCUAACCUCGAGAUGUUCGUCGUCGAGAGGCCCCUCGGAGCAGCAUUCGGUCCUAUCGUCGACGCCCUCUCGAGGCAUUCACACCGACAUCUCCACACUGUUCGUUGGAACAUUCCGGGAGAGUCGUUGGCGAAAGUCAUCUGGGCUCUUAAUGCCCUUCCCCGCCUUAUGGCUGCCCAAAUUGAUAUCGAGACUCCAGUACCAAUCGCGCAAGAGAUUGCGUACCUUGGAUCGGCCAACGAAAUGCGUCUCAAGCUGCCGCGCCUCCAGCAACUCUCGCUAUGUGGAUAUGCCGAAGAGUUCCUCGAGCAGGCAGUGGGCUGGGAGAUCCCCGCCUUACAAAGCUUUUCAAUUGACUCUGGAACCAGCAGCCACGACACCCCAGACAUUAUCGAAUUCCUCAAACAACAUGGCGCGAACCUUACGCUACUCGACUUGCACCUUAGCCCGACCGUUGACCUUCCAGUCGUCCUCGACCUCUGUCCCAACCUCUCCGCACUCACGUUCAACUCCGACUGGCCUUUUCCCGCUCGAGAUGACGGCUCCAGCGAGCUGGUGAAUCACCCACAUUGGAACAUAGCUACGAUUGGAUUACACGGAUUGUCGUAUGCCUUCGGAGUAGGCUACAACGCCGUCCGUGCCUCUUCACAGCCCAUGAGUGCACGCCUAUUCACUCGGGCUAACGACCUCAACUUUGCUGCUCUGAACAGACGGAAUUUUCCCAAGCUUCAACGAGUACGCGUUCUGAGCCGAACGGUCCUCAACGACCUCAAUGAUGAGAAUGGGCCACAAGGCGAAGGAUACCAACGCUGGAGCAAGUGGUGGAAAGCCUGCGUCAGCGCUGGUAUCAGCUUGGAGGACUGCACGGGCCAGAGCCUCGGAGUACUUCCCCAAGACGAAAGCGUUGACGUCGAGGACGAUGAAGAAGAGGACAUUGAUGAUGAAGGCGAAGAGGAGGAAGAGGAGGAAGAGGAGGAUAGUGACGGAACAUGGGGUACCGACGAGUCGGACGAAGAGGAAGAAGAAUCUGAAGAGGAGUGGGAAUCAGAGCCUCCCUUGCCGGAGCCUAAUGCCCGCGUCAUGGAGCUCUCGCGCCUGCUGGAGGAAGUGCGAGCGAUGAAUGCCACUCGAGAUGAAGCAUUAAUUAGAAGGAUAAGGAUACCCAGACCUCCAUCGCCUGUAGAUCAGUAG